AUGCCAUCACCCUCCGUCGACCUCACGCGCAGGUUUCUCAACCCGAAAUAUGCAGAUUUGCACGUCCGAUGCGGCGAGAAGUCUUUUCACAUCCAUAGAGCCGUAGUAUGCUCGGCCUCGGAGGUUCUCGCGAUGGAGGUAGACAACAAUAUUAUUGAGGCCAACAUGCGAGUCAUCGAGCACACGCGCUUCGAUGCGGCUACUAUGGACAAGAUGUUCCAGUACCUGUAUCGUGGAGACUACACCUUCGACCCGGCAGACUCAAUGGCAACGAUUGUUCCUGGCGAUGACACUGCGAUUAAGGCUUUGUCGCUUCUCUCAAUCGACGAGAACGCUUCGAACGAAGCUGUGCAUCGACUUGCAAGCCAUGUACGCGUCCAUGCGGCCGCAGGACACUAUGAGUUGGAAGAUCUGGAGCAACUGGCAGUAGCCAAAUUCUCGCUCGAACGAGAACGAUUUGAACCACUUUCUUCGAGAGACCUGAUCGCCAUUGUAGUGGUCGUGGACGACCACCCGUCAAACGCGGCAACCGAGCUCCGGCGAGAAGCUCUGGGUACAGCUCUCAGCAAUCGGAAGAAGUAUCUCGCGAGUCCGGAGUUCCUUCGUAGCUUGCUCGAGCAGCACGAGCUUCGAGCGUUUGCCUCGAGCUUCUUUGAAGGAGUUACAAGUUACCACGAAAGCGAGUUGGACAACGUGGUGCAAGACUUCAGCUCAGAGAUUCACAAGCUGCAACGCGAGCUACAUGAUGUCAGCUGCGAGAAGAAUGCCGCAUAUCUCGACAGCAAAGCGCACAGCUCCGAUGUGAAGAGCCUCUGGACGAUCGAGAAAGCAGAACUUCAGCGAGAGCUCGUCCUUUCACGGACUUCGCGCGAUAUUGAUCUGAAGGAGAAGGAAGAAUGUCACGAGCGUGUCGUGCGUGGUCUCAAUUCUGAAAAGGUCAAACUGAAGUCCGAACUGGUAGCUGCUCAGUCGAGAAACGACACCUUGCAAGCAAGGCAAUUACUCCACAAUGCCACCAUCGCUUCUCUAGAGCGCCAGAAGGAGAUCCUCCAGACGAGUGGCAACGCCAGUGCGGAGAACUACCAGAAGAUGCAUCAGGUCGUCGAUCAACUAGUCGAGCUGAAUCGCAGCAGUCAAUGCCGCCAUUGCGGCUAUGACUUCAUCUACGAGUUAGAGCGCUGGGGCGAAACCGGGUAUCUGGCACGAUGUGUGGUGUGUCGAACUCGGCACUUUGCUGGUCCAAAUGAUGGCUGCAUUUGA